AUGGAUAAUCAAACCCACAUCACUGAGUUCAUCCUCUUAGGCUUCUCCAGUGAUCCAAAGCUCCAGAUCUUACUCUUUGCAAUCUUCCUGUUGAUUUAUUUGAUAACUCUGUCUGGCAACCUAGCCAUCAUUUUGGCUAUAAGAAUGGAUGCUAAUCUUCACACUCCCAUGUAUGUCUUCCUUUCUCAUUUGGCUUCCUUUGAUAUUGCUUUUUCUUCUGUUACAGUUCCUAAAAUGUUAGAAGACUUCCUUUCGGCCAGAAAAGCAAUCACGGUUGAUUGUUGUUUUACCCAGGUCUUCUUUGUCAUGGCGCUUUCAGUGGGAGAGGGUCUCCUCCUCUCUGUGAUGGCGUAUGAUCGGUACACAGCCAUCUGUCACCCCUUGCAUUAUAACGUGAUGAUGAGCAAACGGGUCUGUUCGCAGCUGGUGUGCAGUGCGUUGCUCACUGGCUUUCUCUAUGCUCUACUGAACACCCUUCUGCUAACAACUCUGCACUUUUGCAGGGCCAAUGUAAUCCAUCACUUCAGCUGUGAAGCCCCACAACUGUUCAAACUUUCCUGUAGCAGCACUUUUGCAAACCAAAUGGUGAUUUUCACCCUUGGUUCAUUUUUAGGGAUGGGGGCUCUCUUCAUCACACUGGCUUCCUAUAUUCACAUCAUCUCCGCUGUCUUGAGGAUACGCUCCAUAGAAGGGAAACGCAAGGCUUUUUCCACUUGCACAUCUCACGUGACAGUUGUUGUGCUGUACUAUGGAACAAUUUUCUUCAGGUACUUGAAGCCAACCUCAAAGAACUCUCAGGAUCAGGAAAUGGCUCCCUCUGUCAUUUACUUUAUUGUGAUACCCAUGUUAAACCCCAUCAUCUACAGCCUCCGUAACCAAGAAGUGAAGAGAGCGCUACACAAUAUGGUGUGCAGAAAAUUUAACAAAUGA